UCAACGCCUUUUCUCCUGCAGACUAUUUUAUUUCCCUUUCCCUCCCUCCUUUGCAACAAAAACCAGCAAAGUCUGCAGUUGUCCUUGACGGCGGCGCAUAGCCGGAGACUUUGGCAUAUGCUCCGUGAAAGGCGUUGAUGGAAGUAGUAGAAGGAGAACAAUUGAAGAAAAGGAAGCAAUAUGGCGAAUAUUCAAUGCACGCCUCUUCCUCUUCCGCGCAUAAUAAUUGGCGAUCUCGCUAUAAUAAACCUCGCAAGUUUUUCGACCGUUACAGCCUACCCUCAGGUUGGUUAUAUUGCCCUCCAUAUGGUGAUAAUAUAGGUUUUAUUAUCCCAUCAAAAGUGCCCUUAAGUGAAUCAUUCGACAAGAACAUCCCUCUUGGAGAAAGAUACACCCCAAAAGAAUUAAUCGACAAGCAAAGAUGUUUAGGAAGAGAAGUAAGUGGUGCAGUGACCAAUAUUUUCUUCUAGUUAUCGUUUACUAUUUGCUUAAUCUCUUCCUCCCCACCCUUGCCACUUAAAAUUAAGGUUAACUUGGUGAUUAUUAUCUUGAUACUCGCCGUGCUGAUUUAUUGGAUAUAUACCCGAUAUCUUUCUGCACCAAUUUCUCUCCUUAAUUGCCAUCUGAAGAACCAUUGCAUUGUAGCUCUCUUUUCCGUCACUCCUAUCUUGUACAUUCUCCCAAUGUUGUUGUUUCUUGUUUUAUUCAUGCUUUAUUUUGGUGGGCUUUUGUUUCUUAGUUGGUUAAUUCCCGAGAAAUUCCACCUGAUUUUAUUUUGAUCUCCUUUGAGAAGGAAGUCAGUGUAUGUCUGUAUGUUUAAUGUGUAUACCUUCUCUUUAUUUGUUUUUGUUUUUUUGGGGCAGGAGUAGAGGGAGCUUAUAUGUUUGCCAACUCACUAUUUCCUAUAGGGCUUGGCUGUAGUCUCAUUUGAU